AUGUACUUCUUCCUGCUCAACCUCGCCCUCCUCGACCUGGGCUACAUCUCAACCACUGUCCCCAAGUCCAUGGGCAAUUCCCUCUGGAACACCAGGGCCAUCUCCUACACAGGAUGUGCUGCCCAAGUGUUUCUGGUUGUCUUUUUAGCUUCAGCAGAAUAUUGUCUCCUCACCAUCAUGUCCUAUGACCGCUACGUUGCCAUCUGCAAACCCCUGCACUACGGGACCCUCCUGGGCAGCAGAGCUUGUGUCCACAUGGCAGCAGCUGCCUGGGCCACUGGGUUUCUCAAUGCUCUGCUGCACACGGCCAAUACAUUUUCACUGCCCCUGUGCAAGGGCAAUGCCCUGGGCCAGUUCUUCUGUGAAAUCCCCCAGAUCCUCAAGCUCUCCUGCUCACACUCCUACCUCAGGGAAGCUGGGUUUCUUCUAGUCGGCUUUUCUUUCGCUUUUGGCUGUUUUGUGUUCAUUGUGGUGUCCUAUGUGCAGAUCUUGAGGGCCGUGCUGAGGAUCCCCUCUGAGCAGGGACGGCACAAAGCCUUUUCCACCUGCCUCCCUCACCUGGCCGUGGUCUCCCUGUUUGUCAGCACUGCCAUGUUUGCCUACUUGAAGCCUCCCUCCAUCUCCUCCCCAUCCCUGGACCUGGUUUUGUCCAUUCUGUACUCAGUGGUGCCUCCAGCAGUGAACCCCCUCAUCUACAGCAUGAGGAACCAGGAGCUCAAGGAUGCCCUGAGGAAACAGAUACUGGAUUUCUUCUGAAGCUAUAAACUGUCUCUAACUUCUUCUACAUAAGAGUCCAACUCAUUGCAGGUUCAUCCUGUGUGUAAUAUUUUUUGUUUCUCCUUGUGUUUGCUUAUUAUGAAAAUAUUUUAAUUCCCUUUGUAAUUCACUGCCUGCUUUUCUUUUCUCUCUGAGUGUGUGUGUCAGUGACGAAUUCGUGCUCUCUGUGUUUAAGUAAA